AUAAAAGCAAACUACGUAAAUGGAUAUAUGGGCGGCAAAAGGGUAUAUAUUGCCACCCAAUCUCCCUUGGUGAACACUGUGGAUGACUUUUGGAGGAUGGUGUGGGAACAACAGACAAGGACCAUAUUGAUGUUAAAUCCAGUUACACAACAAGGGAAGCCGAAACAAAGUACGUGUUACUGGCCAGACAAUUUAGAGACAGAUUGCCGCCGAGAGUUUGAAGAUUAUAUUGUCACCUUGAAAAAAAGAGAUGUGCAAAAAGAUUACAUUGAUUGUACACUAGAGAUCAUGGAUAUAGAGAGAAAUUUAAAACGUGAAAUUCAUCACUUCUGGUUCACAUGCUGGUCUGAUACAGGCCCUCCAGAGCCACUGACGUUUGUAAAAUUUGUUUUAGAUACAAGACCACAUUACGAAAACAGUGGCUCACCUGUAGUCUUACAUUGCGGUCCUGGCACAGGUCGAACAGGCGCAUUCAUAGCUGUAGAUAUUUGCAUGCGAAUGUUUGAAGAUCGCAGAAGAGUUGAUAUUGAAAACUGUGUACAUAAAAUGAGAGGCGAAAGAGCGGGUACUGUACAAACGAAGGAACAGUAUAACCUUGUCUAUCAGGCACUGAAUGAAUAUGCAGUUAUAUUAAGCAGCCCGUCAAUAUCAACAAGAUCAUCUGUGAUAACACUUCAUGCCAUGCUCUGAUUUGGAUCAACUAAAUCAUCUCAACUGGAACUGUUUCAUUAAACUGUAUAUUGACGUAAUCAGUAUCAUUAUAUGUGUAUUUAUGAACGAUUUACCAACCUAGAUGAUACUUCCGUGAUUUUGCCAAAUACGGGAUUUGUAUGCAACAAAAACUGGAUUUAUACACAAUAAAAUUCUGUUUUAAAGUUAUCUGUAUAUAAAACUUUAUAUAUUGUAUGUAAAACUUGAAACAUGUUGUGACAUAUUACAUCUUGAUCGAAAUUUGUCAUUUUGUAAAUCAACUCAGUAUUGUUUACUAUUUUAAUUAGCCUUGCCAAAGUGUCAAUUUUAUUUUUAAUCUUAGUGGGGUCUGCUGAUAAAUUUUUUAUAAUCAUAUCUUUUUUCACGCAGAUGUUAUCUUCUCUGCCAUUCUGUUAUGUGUGUGUGUGUGUUUGGA